AUGGAAAUAAUCACCCCCGAUAGGGACUUUACUGUACAUCAUGAUAGUACAAGAGUUCCAUUGGAAUUCUUAAACUCCCCCGAACCUUUCUCAGGGAUUGAAGGAUUGAAAUUUAGAGUGCCUAUAUUCAAAAACAAUGAGUAUUUUGUAUUAGUUAAAGAUUUAGCCAAUGUAUGGAAUUAUCCUUCCAGUUAUCAAUUAAUCUCCAAAUUAAUUAAGUCCUCAUCCAUAACCAAGCAAGAUUUCAUUAAAACUGACAAGGAGUUGAACGAAAAUUUGGGAGAUCUCGUUAAUCCUAAACAAUAUCAUUUCAUGAUUAAAUUAUCAACUAUUUAUGGUAUUUUGAAAGAUAAAUCAGUCUUAACUUAUGAUAAUGAAACUCCUGAAACGUUUGUGGAUAUUACUAACCCUGAUAAAAUCACUGUCAGUCAAAUCUUCCCUCAAUAUGGAUUUAUUGACUCUACUUUAGAGCUUAAACAUUCAACAUUCAACACUUUAACUAAUCUCAGUAAGUAUAAUUAUUACAAAAGUAUAGGAGAAUUCAAAAAUGCUCCAUUAACCAAAAUGUAUGAACCAGAAUUAGAGAUGUUUUAUAGUUUAAAUGAUCAUGCUAAGAUAGAAGCCAAUGAAAAUGUUAUUAAUGAACAAGUUAAAAAACGUAAAGGUUUAAGUAAGAAUAAAAAAUCCAGUACUACUGACCCAAAUUCUUUAGAUUUAUCAGAAAAUGUUAUUCCAGGUCAAGGAUUCUUUCAAGAAUUUAAUGUCAACAGUAUUUGUAGAGUACCUAAUUAUUAUGUUACUAAUAAUCAACAACAACAACAAAUUCAAACCCAACAACAAACUCAACUUCAAAAUUCUAAUGUCACAUUGAAUAGUUCAUUCUUGAAUUUACCUAAAAAGGAAGCCAAAGUUUCUAGAAAUGUCCAACAAUUAGUAUUUAAUAAUGAAUAUGAUCAUUUCAAUUUUGGUAGAUAUUUUUAUACGAUGACUUAUAGGGGAUUAGGAAGCGGGAAUUAUAAAGAUGCUUCAGUUAUGAAUAGAAUUAAUAGAAUACCUACAGGAACAUUCACUACUGAACAAAACAAAGUUCAUAAAUUACAUAAAAAAUCUUUUAAGAAUCAUAAAAGAUUUAAAAUGCAAUUGAAGGGAUUAACCCAUGAGAAAAUUAACAAGAAUUACCUUGAUUACAUAAUACAACAACAAAGACAAUCAGUUGAAGAUUAUGAAAAUAUUGAAAUGUUACAUAAUACUUUACAAUUCAAUUUAUUAUUCAAUACUUAUAGAGAUAUUUCAUACAAUACUUGGAAGAAUUAUUAUCGAUUUAAAUUGGUUGAUUUUGAUCAAAUUCCUAAUAGAGAUCUCGAUUUAUCAAAGAAUUUCCUCCUUUCAAGAUUUAAUUUACCUCACGAAUAUGAUGAAAUCAAGAGACAUUUACAUAUGGAAUUCAGAGAUAAAGUUAAAAAACCUUUAUAUUAUAAUUUAAAACUACCUAAUCCUAAUAAUCCACAAUUUUUAAGCAAUGUUGAAAUAAUCAAAUUACCCAAUGCCAAUGAAAUUGGUUGGGAUAAUUUAAAGAAAUAUCGUGAUAACUAA